GUGGUGAGGACGUAUCGUGAUUACUUCGCGUCCAAAUAGUUGAAUUAAUCAAAUGAUCGUCCGGCCGCCUAACGAAAACAUUGAAGUUCACUGUGAAAUCCAAAUCAAUAAAAAUGGGAUUAUCGUUUCAAAGUAUGGUUAAUAAUAAAUUAAAUUAUAUUAAUUGCCCUUAAACGUUAUUUAGAUGGGCAUAGUGUACAUUAAGAUUUCACACGACUUCUAUUUGUAGUGGUCCGGUUGAAACCAUAUCCUAUAUAUAAUGUACUCCAUGAUAUAAACUAAAAAAAUACGUCCAAUAGUUUACCUUUAUGAAGUUUGUGCUACAAAAUGAAACAGUACACAAGCUGAGCAAAAGAUGGCACUACCUUCACCGCUGCAACGCCGAAAAUUAACUUGGAUCAUUGAAUUUGACGAAGUUCCACCGCACAGAAGUGAAACCUAUGAAGUACAUCUAAACUAUAGUAAAAAUGAAAGAGAAGAUGUGCAAAAGAAAACAUUCGCGAAAUGGAUCAACUCACAACUUGCGAAGCACGGCAAGCUGCCGAUACAGGACUUGUGCGAGGACCUGCGAGACGGCGAGGCACUACUCUCCUUGCUCGAGAUACUGACGGGACAACAAUUUAAGCGAGAACGAGGGCAUAUGCGCGUGCACAGACUGAACAAUGUAAACUGUGCGCUGCGGGCGUUGGCAACGGCUGGUGUUCGUCUCGUCAACAUUAGCAGCGGGGAUAUUGUCGACGGCAACCCGAAAUUAGUACUAGGGCUCGUGUGGAGCAUUAUACUGCACUGGCAGGGCCGGCCGUUAACCUCGGACGCGCCACAUUCGACUCUCGAACGGACUCUACUGGCCUGGUGUCGAGCACACACGGCAGGCUAUGAUGGAGUCGACGUUACAGACUUUACGAGCAGUUGGGCCGAUGGGCUCGCGUUCAAUGCGCUUCUGCAUCGUUUCCGCCCCCAUCUCUUCGAUUACGCGGCGUUGCGAGAACGCGCGCCCCGUGAACGCCUCGAACGCGCAUUUACCCUAGCGCACGACCAUCUCGGCAUCGAUCGAUUGCUCGACCCCGAAGACGUUAACACGCCCAACCCAGACAAGAAGUCAAUAAUGAUGUACGUAAUGUGCCUCUUCCAAUCGCUGCCUCACGGUGAGUCUGAGGAGGCGGAGGUGUGCGAGGCGAGCGCGUCCCGUCCCGUGUCGAGUGCCACCACGUGUUCUGUGGAACUGGGAGCGUAUGGAGCAGCGCUGGAGGAAGCGCUAGCGGCGUUGUUGGCGGGUGAAGAGCGGUUAGCGGCGCAUUCUCAACCCGCUCCAUCGCCGCCUGCCGCGCCGGGCGAGCAUCUUGCCCUGCUGAAGGAACGCUUUCAUACACAUGAGAAGUUCCUGCUGGAGUUGUCCGGCCAGCAGUGCCGCGUAGGUGCGGUGCUAGAGGAAGGCGCGCGGCUGCUCCGCGACGGUGCGCUAAGCCGCGAAGAGGCCGCCGAAGUACGACUGCAGAUGCGGCUGCUAAACGAACGCUGGGAGCAACUGAGAGUGGCGGCUAUGCGCCGCCAGAGCUCUGUCCACGCCGACCUCAUGGCCGCCCAGCAGCGCCAUCUCGACGCUUUCCGACGCUGGCUCACCGCCACCGAGGACCGCAUGUCUCGAAUGGAGGCUGAAGGCGCGGGGCUGGCAGAAGCGCGAUCGCUGCACGCGGACCUGCGCACGCAGCAACCGCUCGUCGAUGCGCUGGCCGACUGCGUCGUCGUUGUCGACGACGAGCACGAUCACGACGAUGUAACGGAAAUCGAGGACCAGCUGCGCGCGCUCGGCGAGCGCUGGUCUCACGCCUGCCAAUGGACGUUAGACCGACUUCGCCGUGCGCAGGACCAGCACGCCGCCGACCAACGAGCCGCCGAGCUCCGUACGGCCGCCGAAGGUCUCGAGCGAGAUCUGAAGCGCAUGGAGGCCUGUCCCGUCAGCGAAGUGGGCGAGGUACUCGCUCGCGUUGCUGAAUUACAGCGCUGCAGGCGUUCAUUGACCGACACACGCGCGGCGUUAGCCGGUGACGCAUUGGAAGAUGCCGAAGAGCUGUACGACCGACUCGACGCGCUCGACAUGAUUCUUCAGGUGCAAGUCGACCGCAUUAAGGAGCUGGGUUUCGAACUCGAUGCGAGUGCGGAAGAGUCACCCAAAGACCCCACCGAUUUCGGUGGCACACAGAAGAAGCCACGCCUCGAGCGAGCUGGAGACUUCCAGGUCGGCUACCGCGCGUUUGAGACGUGGGCUGAAGAAGCCGAACGGGCGCUGCGAGAGUGCUUGGAACGUGUGUGGACGGCAUCCGCGGACGAGUGGCGUAACGAAACACGAAACGAGUUACAGCGAGUCCAACACGAAAGCGAAGAACGCCGCAACGACCUCGCCAGCGUCGAAGAGAUUCACGCGCGUCUCGCCGCCGACGCUUCGUUUAAAGAGGAAGCGCAGAAGCACGCGGAAAGCAUCGAGUCGCUGCGCCGGCGAUGGGAAGGUAUACGACGUUCUCUGACGGAGGUGCGCAACGCGGUCAAUUUGCGCGAGGAUGAAGAGGCGUGGCGGGAUGCGGCCCGCGGCAUUCGGACGUCGAUUUCCGAAGUGCGAGCUUGGCGUGAUCGCGCCGCCACCGAAGCGCCCUGCGGCACGCUACUCGUGCACACGCGCAAUCGCGCGAGGCUCUUGCGUCAGCUGCAGCCCCGACUCGAGGAGCUCAACGCGCACUCCAUCAUCCUUCUGACGAAGCCCAUUCCGCAGAACCACAAAGACGACAUCGAAGCCGACACGAAACGAAUAAACGACGAGUUCCACGAAAUGUUGACCUUCCUCGGCCGGCGAGAGGUCGAAGUGAAGCUGGCACUCAACAAGAGGACUCUGGACAACGACGAAGACGAGCAUAAAACGGUUCAAAGAAAAAUACGAGAUAUGGAGAGCCAAAUUAUCGCCGAACAUGCUAUCAUUUCGACUAAAGAGGAGAUGGAGAAAAAAUUGGGGGGUUUGAGAAGGCUGGACAGGGAGUUCGAGGACAUCCAGUCUUCCUAUGACAAAGUGGUCAAAGAGAAAAAACUCUACGAGCGGGGUAGCGUGGAGGAGCUGAACUUGAGAAGCAGCCUCGAGAAUUUGGUCACAAGGUUCACCGACUCCAAGACAAUUUUGGCUCAGAAAAUACAAAAAUUAGAAAAAGGUAUAGAACUGGUUGCCCGUCUACAAGCAGAUUUGAGUGAGGUGUCAUCAUGGGUUCAGGUUGUGCAGACAUUUGUGGAUGAAGCUCCGACACCGCCUCUAGGCGACACCGCCGCUCUCGAAGCCCUGCUCAUCAAAAGCAAUAAUAUCGACGAAGAGAAAUCGAAAUAUAAGACGAAAUUGGACAGCAUUGAGAUCGCGAAGAACACGAUACUAGAAGACUGUGACGACGCGUUUGCGAAAUCAAUCACGGCUGACGUGAAGCUGUUGGUGACCCGAUUCCAUGAAGUGACUUCAAAGUCCCUCCAAUACAACGAGGCCUUGCGUCGCGGACUAGAAAGGACCGAGAACGCCUUUCGUCGAAUUGACGACAUGGAACGAUGGAUUCAACAGCUGGAAGAAGAGAUUCCCGCUGAAGAUGAGUGCGCCAUCCGUGACUCUGGGGAGCUGUACCAGAUGAAGGCGCGUUUCCAGGCGCUUAAGGAUAAAUGUGACGAUCGCACCGACGAAUUCCGUGACCUUAACGAGGCCGGGAAUGACCUACUGUUAGCGGGUGGAGGGAGUGCACUCGCUCGUCGCCUUACGCACCUAAACGCGCUAUGGACGCGCGGCACGCACGCAAUCUACGAACGAUACAAAGUAUUAGCGGAAGCUUGGCAUGAGUCUGGUGAGCUCCGUGCCUGGCUGGCGCAGCAGACAGCCUGGCUCGACGGCCUACAACGUAGGUUACGUACUUCCCCAGCUCGCGCUGAUGCAGAGGAAAUCUCCGACGAGCUCUAUGAAUUGGAGAAUUACAUGGCGAACAGAAGUACAGAACGCGUGGAGCGCAUAGAAGCUAUCGGGCGACAAUUGAUCGAGGCGCACAUCAUGCCGGGCUGGAUCCAGCACGAGUUGGACACUAUUACAGCACGAUGGACGACAUUGCAGCGCGCAGCAGAGGAGCGAACAAAAGAGCUGGAGGCGGCAGCUGGAGAAGCAGCUCGAAGUCAAUUAGCGUUGGAUGCUCUGCAGCAAUGGCUACGUGACCCUGGACGAAGUGCUGCAGAUCUACCCGCCCAGCGUGCUGCGUUAGCCGCUGUUAGAGAUCAUGAGCGAGCUUACCGCGCUGUUGGUAAUAUCGAGGCAGCAGACCGCCUUCGUGACCAGCUGCAGCUUGCUCAGAGUAAGUUGGAUGAAGUCGAAGAAGAGCUGAAGAGUACUGGUUCAGAUAUGAUUAGUGGAGACGGGGAAAUAGAGUCUCGGUUAGAGGCAGCGGUAGCCCGACUGCGUGACGUGCAAAGAGAUGUCACACAGCUAACGUUGGCAGGCGCAGACCCUGAUGCCGUGCGAGCCCAGCUUAGGACCUGCCUGAGAUUUUAUAGGACUCUCAGUGAGAUCAAAUCUGAAGUUGAAACCGUAAUCAAGACGGGUCGAAAAAUGGUCGAGGAGAAGGCCGUGGCUGAACCUCAAGACUUCUCGAAGAAAAUUGACGGCCUCAAGGAGUUAUACAACAAGUUGGGUGCGCAUGUGACCGAGGCUAAGUCGCGGCUGGAGGGCGCGUUGCUCACGGCGCGAGAGAUGCAGAACGACCUGCAGGCUUUAGGUUCAUGGCUGCGUGGUCUAGCCCCUGCCGUUGGGCCCCAGACUCUAGAGCUCGAAAUGUCGCGCAUGGAGGCCGUACGGAACAAGCUCAAUGACAAUUUCCGCCAUUUCGCCGCGCUUUGUGAGCCUGCACGACUGGUAUCGCUGCGUGAUCAGAUAGACGACGUCAACGAGCGUUGGUUGCAAUUGCGCAAGCCUCGUGCUGCAUCAUGCACGGCCGAAGAGUUGCGUCGCCGCCUGGCAGACAUCGAGCGUGACCUUGCCAGUGGGGUACCGGCCUCACGCUUGGCGAUGAUCGUAGCCGACUUGCGACCCAGGGUUGCAGAGGUAGAAUCCAUAGGUGACGAGACUCUCCGCAACCAAUGGGCGAAAGUUAUGGAGAAAAUAACGGCUGUACAAUCUAACGAGGCCGCUCUCGUUGAGUAUGAAAAUAUAACAGACACUAUUAAGAGACGCUUAGAGAGUCCGGUUAAUUCGCCAGACACUGAACGCCCCGAAUAUAAGAGAUCUAAAAUACCGCUCGCGUUAAAAAGUCCAAUGCCGAUUAAAAAAGAGGUCCAAGAAGCUGGAAAUAGAAGUCGUGGAUCUUCUGUGGAGAGAAAGAGUAAGAAAGACGACAGUCCUAUGUCUACGAGCAUCACUAGCGUCAUGUCAGCCGACUCUAUCGAAGAAAAUUAUGCAAUGUGUUCCCUGCCGUCUACACCCAGCACGCCCAAACAAGAUAGCAGUACGUUUAAUCUGCUCAAAGACAGCGAUCUAUUUUCUCAAAUAUCUAAGAAUAAAAUUGAAGCAAAACCAGCAAUCGAAACGGAAAAGUCAAAAGACUCCUGCCGAGUCGUCGAAGUAAAAGAACACGAAAUUGUGAAAUCUACCGUUAGUCCCAUUGAGCCAAUGGAGGCGUACAUUUCGGACACCGUUGAAACUGUGGUUGAAUUCAUUCCACAGACAGUCGACACUGUCGAGAUUGUUGAUGAUACUGAGGGAGACGACGACGAUGACGAGGAUGCCAGGUCACCUCAGCUCGAUUUAGGGUCGGAGCCCAAAACAUUCGUCGUUGAAGUCACAAAGUUAAAUGAGCGUAUGAAGCCAACACUAGGCAUCUUGAAACACAGAAGCGGAGGUGAAGAGAAGAAAAAGACUGUUACCGUCAACGAAGUUCCAGACUUGAUUCCCGACAUCGACAACGACGUUUCCAUGGAAACUCCUCCACCCACGCCGAUGGACGAGUCGGAAGCGCGAGAAUGUCCUUUGCUAUAUGACCUCGUUUUGCGGCAAAAGGAGGCGGUAAAGAAUUUGAUGAGAGAUGAAGUGAAUGAAUAUCUAAUCUUGGAUGAAGUGCCGAAGGAGCAGGCAGCCUUACCGGAGCCGUCCGCUACCGCAAGCCUGUCGACCGAGGGACCUGCUGACGAUGUCAUCUACUCCGAAGUAGAGGACAUGCAACAGGUGCGUUUUAACGGCGAAGACCUAGAGGAGCAGCGGCCUACUGCGACAUCCACCCCUCUGAAAGAGGAACGACCACCAGCCUGCGUAGUCGCCGUCUCCCCCAAAGACCCCACACACUACUCGCAGUUGUCAGAGAAGAGCGAAACAUCUCUUCAGAGCAGCGUAGUCAGAAAUAGUGUGGAGGAUGACGAAAAUGGGGAAGGAGAUGACGUGCAACAGUUUGAAGUGGCAGCGCAGCGCAUGGCGCGGCGACUAAGCGUAUUACUGCUGACGCUCGGUGCCGUUUCCAGCGAGCGAGAUCCAGCCAAGCGGCUCGAGAUUUUGAAGAAUCAAAUGGGGGCAAUUGCACCAGACGCUGUGGCGCUCAUAUCCCGCGGUGACAGCCUUGUAUAUGAGCAAGCCCGUGAACGUCCCGCGCUCGCCGAGCACGUCCGGGCGCACGUACUCGACCGUCUACGAGAUCGCUGGGCUCUCGUCAGCGCCGAGAUCGAGCUCAAGCGCGCCGCCGCUUUGCGUGCUGAAGACGACUGCCGGGAGUUAGCGACCACUCUCGAUCGUCUACGCGCAUGGCUCCGCCGUCCGCGCCUCGACGACCUAGCCGAUGCUGAGAAUGAUUAUGAGCGCGUUCAGGAUCUCGUGCGCGACCUGCGGGCUCAACGCGUCGCCUUCCCGGAACGCAUCGCUGCCGAUCUCGGUGCCUCGUUUUGUUCUGCGAGAGACGACCUUGACGCCGCCCGUCGUAAGGACAAAAAGGGCGAUCACGGCGACGGGGGCGAGGCAGUUACUCGUUUAAAUCGCGCUCGAGCGCUGGUGGCAACGGCGCGUGCGGCCCUGCGCGCAUCUCCGCUUGGCGGGCGGGACUUUGACGAGUUCCCGCUGCAGGAGGACGCUCUCGAGAGAGUGAAGUCUUUAGUGGCGGAGGCAGGCACCGCCGCGCAGGAAGCGGAAGGAGUGGCACGACGAGGUGGCGGAGAGAGGGUGAGGCGUGUGGCGGAUAAGCUGAAAAGCGAGUGGGUUGCGCUAAGGGAGGCGAACGAUCGGCGGCGCGAGGUCUGGACUCGAUGCCAGGCUCGGUGGGCACAACUAUAUGGGUCGUUAGAAGCCGCCGGGGACCGCCUCGAUGCUAUAGAGCGGGAGUUGGAUGACGUGCCGCAGGACUCAGAUGCGUUGCGCCGCUUAGAGGACCAGGCGGAGGAAGUAGUGCAAUCAGCCUCGGAAACAGCAGAGGCAGGACGAAGCGUCGUUCGCGCCUGCAGCGGUGCACUUGCCCGUGACGUGCUUGAGCAGUUAGAGGCGCUGCGUGAUCGCGCAGCGUCUGCUGCCACUCGUGCUGCUGCUGCCCGCCGACUUCCGGCUGCACGACGAGCGCUUCUCGCUUCUAGGGACUUGCUGCUUACAACUGCCGCUAAUCCUGCUGACCGUACUAGUCUUGCGGUACGCCUCACUCUAGUCAAGGCUCGUGAGGAAGAAGUUGGUGCGAGUGCUCGGGAAGUCGAAGAGCUGGUAUCAUCCUCCGGUGAAGACUCGUCGCGACACGCCACGGAACUACGGGAUCUCGCUCACGAUUUGAAUCAGGCACAGAGUAAGCUGUCAUCACACGGCGAGUACGUGCGUGGGCGGCUAGCGGCGCUCGAAAAGCUCGACGCGCGCCUUCACGCCGCCCUAGUUUGGGCACGAGCUUCGAGGGCCAGGCCACACACGACAGACCUUACGUUAUCGAUAUCGGAACAAGAGUCGGAGAUACGUGAAGUGUUGGAAAAUUGCAAUAACCUUGAACGCGAGUGCGGAGCGGCUGGUCAUACGUUGGCGCCUGAUUUACGGCCAUUGGUCGCUGAACUAAGGGGUCAUUGGGACCACUUGCGAGCCCUUGCUGCACCAGGAAACAUCACCCAGGUGGAGAGGACCUGCCAGACGGAACGAAGCAGUGCUCAGAUGGAAAGGAGUAGCACACCAGGCGAAAGAAAUAGCUUCCAAUCGGAGAGGAGCAGCACUCCUGGCGACAGAAGCAGUACACCGGCAGACAGAGCUAGCAGUCCAAUGGCGGAGUGGGGUGCACGUGGCGGGUCCCGGCGGCGUUCGUCGCAAACGGCGCCCGCGACUGCAGCUCUUCUUGCUACCUUCGAUACUAGUGUUCAACAGAUACGAGACUGGGUGUCAGCUGAGGUUGAGAUGUUGAGAGCACAAGCUGUGGUGGUCGGCGACGUCGACGAGAUACUGUCGCAGCUUGACAAGCAAAAGGGUGUGUUGCGUGAGUUGGAACAGAAGAAACCUCAACUGGACGAGUUGCUGCAUACGGCUGAGAGUCUCAAGGGUACAGAAAACAGACAGCAGCUACAUGGAAAAGCUGAAAUAACCGGCUUUCCAGUGUCAAAAACUAGUGCACAUCUGCUAAACUUAAGAUCGUUGCUCAAAGUGACCGCUCUACGAGAACAUUGGGAUGAGGCCAACGCACGCGUGCUCCAGCGAAAAGCUCAACUCGACGCCAUGUUGGGUGAUUCGCAGCGAUACGAAGCGCGCAGGCGCGAUGCUGAUGCGUGGCUCUCGCGUAUGGAGACCCGGCUGGCCGCCAUGACUGCGCCUGGGCACACAGCCGAUGUACUCGAGAUGCAGCUUAGAGAGCAAAAGUCGUUCCAUGCGGAAGUCCACCAGUACAAACAUCAGGUCGAAUUGUUCGGUCAGCUCACGCAGAGGCUGAUAGCUGUGUACCGAAACGAUGACACUACAAGGAUCAAACGAGCAACAGAAGCGAUCAAUCAUCGAUACAACGAACUUAACAAUAGUAUAAUCGCGCGCGGAAAAGCACUCCACUCAGCUGUUUCGUCUCUACAAAACUUUGAUCGGUCACUUGAGAAAUUCGUAGCCUGGUUAAGCGAAGCGGAAUCAUUGCUGGAUGCGGCAGAAAGGGAUCCUCAUCUGCUCAAGGAUCUACAAUCAGAAAUCGAAACUCACCGCGAUGUAUACGCAUCGCUCACCGGAACCGGAAGACGACUCCUGGGAUCUUUAUCAUCCCAGGAGGACGCUGUCAUGCUGCAGAGAAGGCUAGAUGAGAUGAACCAGAGAUGGCAUCACUUAAAAGCGAAGAGUAUGGCUAUCAGAAACCGCCUUGAGAGCAAUGCAGAACACUGGUCAGCACUUCUGUUAUCGCUGCGGGAGCUGACAGAAUGGGUGAUAAGGAAGGAAACGGAACUUAACGCUCUGGCUCCACCGAGGGGUGAUCUUACAGCACUUAUAAAACAACAAGACGACCACCGUGCAUUCAGGCGACAGUUAGAAGACAAACGACCUGUGGUGGAGAGUAACCUCCUCAGCGGAAGGCAGUAUGUGGCUAACGAACCACCAUUGUCAGACACAAGUGAUACGGAAGCGAGCCGUGAGAGUGAAGGUGACUCGCGCGGAUACCGAUCUGCAGAAGAACAGGCUCGGGAGCUGGCCAGGUCCAUUCGGCGUGAGGUCGCCAAGUUAGCUGACAAGUGGAACUCGCUUGUUGAUCGAAGUGACGCCUGGGGCCAUCGCCUUGAUGAUGCUGUACAGCGUGUACGUCAGUUCACGACAUCACUAGACGAACUCGCAUCCCGGGUUCAAGCGGCGGAGGCUGCUCGGGCAACAUGGCGGGCACCUGGCGAUGCCCGGGACGCCCGGACACAACUCGAUGCUGUGACCAGGGCUCGCGCGCAGAUUCCACCAUUGCGAAGGCAGGUGGACGAGCUUCGUGCGCAGGCACAGCAGAUGGGCAGGGACAAUGUGCAAUUACCUGAGCAUCUUGUUGCUAGGCUGGAGGACUUAAACUCUAGAGUUUCAGCUCUAAGCUCGGGUGGCGAAGAGCGGGCCCGGCAGCUGGCAGGAGUAGCACGGGAUGGUGGUGCGGGAGCAGCUCAGGGCUUCCUUGCGGGCUCUGUUCGCCCACCUUGGGAGAGAGCUGUCACGCCCGCCAAUGUACCAUACUAUAUCAAUCAUGAACUAGAGACGACCCACUGGGACCAUCCCAAGAUGAUAGAACUAAUGAACUCGUUGGCCGACCUCAACGAAGUAAGGUUCUCGGCGUAUCGCACCGCGCUCAAGCUGAGAACCGUGCAAAAGGCUUUAUGUAUGCACAUGCUACAGUUGCCAGCGGCGCUGGAAGCAUUCGACUCUCACGGGCUGCGGGCGCAGAAUGACCGCCUAAUUGAUAUACCUGAUAUGAUAACCGUACUUACAUCACUCUAUGAGACGAUUGCUGGCGAAAACCCAAGCGCUGUGAAUGUGCCGCUUUGUCUGGAUCUGUCGAUCAACUGGUUGCUCAAUGUGUAUGACAGCCAGCGGACCGGGCAGAUCCGCGUGCUCAGCUUUAAGGUGGGGCUGGUAUUACUGUGCAAGGGGCACCUGGAGGAGAAAUAUAGGUACUUGUUCCGGUUAAUAGCUGACCCAUCGUGUCGCGCGGAUCAAAGGAAACUAGGACUCCUAUUACACGAUUGUAUUCAGGUGCCUCGUCAGUUGGGCGAGGUAGCAGCAUUUGGAGGUUCCAAUAUAGAGCCAUCUGUCAGGAGCUGCUUUGAACAGGCCUCAACUGCUGCUAAAGAAGGUGGCAAGGGAAGCACUCUUGACAGGAAGACCGUGGGAGAAAAAGAGAAAGAAAAAGAAGAUAAGGAGAAGAUCGUGGAGCGAGACGCAGAAGGUCAAGUGGCGUACAUCGAGGCAGUCCACUUCCUGCAAUGGUUGCAAAGGGAGCCACAGUCCAUGGUGUGGCUGCCAGUGCUGCACCGUCUGGCUGCGGCUGAAGGGGCGAAGCACCAGGCCAAGUGUAAUAUAUGCAAGGACUAUCCCAUUGUGGGCUUUAGAUACCGUUGCCUAAAGUGCUUCAACUUUGACAUGUGUCAAAAGUGUUUCUUCAGCGGCAAGAAGGCGAAAAACCACAAACUCACGCAUCCUAUGCAAGAGUACUGCACUGCUACGACAUCUGGCGAGGACGUGCGUGACUUCACCCGAGCAUUGCGAAACAAAUUCAAGUCGGCACGGUACUUCAAGAAACAUCCACGAGUUGGUUAUCUGCCCGUACAAACUGUAUUGGAAGGUGACGCGUUGGAGUCCCCAGCGCCGUCUCCGCAGCACGGAGGUGGUGGCGCGACAGGAGGUGACGAUAUGCAUUCUCGUCUGGAACUAUACGCCUCGCGGCUAGCACAGGUUGAGCUCGGCGCACGCGCAGCCGAUACGCCUGACAGUGAUGAGGAGCAUCAGCUGAUAGCGCAGUACUGUGCGUCACUUAAUGGAGGAGCAGAGGGUGAAGAAGCGCCGCGCUCGCCAGUCCAUGUCGUCUCCGUUAUACACCGGGAACAGAGACACGAGCUGGAAGCUAUGAUCAGGGAGCUGGAAGAAGAGAACGCCAGUCUACAAGCGGAGUACGAACGAUUAAAGGCCAAGCAGACUCCUGGCUCUACGCCCGAAGACCAACUCGCUCUGAAUGAGAACAGGAACGCACCUGUUGACCAGGACAUGAUGGCAGAGGCUCGCUUGCUUCGACAACAUAAGGGACGGCUGGAAGCUCGCAUGCAAAUCCUCGAGGAACACAACCGACAGCUUGAAGCUCAACUACAAAGACUUAGGAGACUGCUGGACGAGCCUUCUUCGGGCUCGCCUGCGGGUCGUACUGGUACUUUGCAGACCCGCUCCGUCACCGCCUCACAGCUCGCUACGGACUCACCUGCCAAGAUGCACAACGGACUCUACCACGACGCACACACCAACGGUGUAUCUGCGGGCGAGCGUGAGUCCGGUGAUCGCCCCCCUCCGCCACCUCACGCCCUUCACUCGCUCAUGCAUUGCGCAGAUGACCUUGGCAAAGCAGUCGAAGAGUUAGUAUCGGUGAUGGCGGAGGAUCAACAAAAUCAGAACUCCCACGCGCCUCCCAGAUACACCAACGGCAAACCAGAGGAAAAGGAAUAAUUUCAUCAAAACGCGCCAAGGUUUCGAACAAUCGCUCUGGCAUCUCAACCGAAUCUUGGACCAAAGACACUAGAACUAAAUUUGACUUACUUUAUACCUACUAAUUUUCGACUCAUCACUAACCUGCACAAGCUCAACCUUUACACCUUAUUAUACAAAAGCUUUAUCAUUUUCACUAAUCGAACCGAGCUUUAACAUAGCUUUACUGGUAAUUCUGUACAAUGUUUUAUCUGUUGUAUUAUUCAAUGGAAAGAGACACACUGUAUAGAGCUAUCAGACGAGCCUCUAGGUUAUGGUCGUGGGCACAGCCUUUACAGAAUAGUCACGAAGUAAUCAGAUAUACUGAUUAUUUGCUGGUAGCUAGGGUUCGCAGACGAUAGUUGUAUGCAACGCUUAUUGUAUAAAUAAGGGCAUUCCUUUGUUGCAGUACGUAUCGUGAUUGAGUCAUAUUACUUUCCAUUUUACCCUUCAGUUUUCCCCAAGUACCAAUGCUGUUAUCGGUGGCGCUGCCAGAGCGAUUGCUAUUAUCUAAAAAGACAUUUGUAACCAGCAUUUAUACUUUUAAAAUUGUACCAAAUUUUUCACUUGGUAAAAAAUAUAUUUAUCAUUUAAGUACAUAUCUAUUAGUACAAUAUCUAUUGUAUAAUCAUAUCACUUCUUGUAAAUUGCCAUAUCAUUUUGCUGUAUUUAACGCGUUUAUAAAAUAUCGCGUAAAACGGCAUGUCACGUUGUUGACACUUGACAUCGACUUUGGCGCGAAGUUUGACGUCGUUUACAUGAGAGCUGAGCUUUAAUAUAAUCACAAUUUUAGCUUUAACCAAUUUUGAGACAUUUUAACCGCAAUUCGGUAAAGGUAACUUUGCCACUCGAGAGGGCCUACGUUUUAGUGGAAAGUGUAUUGUUAAAGUUAGUAAAGAACAGUUUCAACGUACAAUAUUAUGCCAACGAACGCGUGGCUGUAGUUAAUGAAUUCGUUAAAAGUUUUUGCAGUAGUUUUAGAGGUAGCCAAAUGAAUAUGGAGCAUGUUGUUUAUGCGCAUAUUGUAUGUUAUCAUAUAUCGAGUAAUCGAAAAAAUAUGUAUCGUUAGAUGAUGAAAUAUUAAUAAUCCAGCUUCUAUAAAUUAGUGGAUUUCUUUCGCCUUUCGCGGUCAGACAUAGUAGAACUCUUCGUAGAGACAAAGGAACCGUGUAAUCAAAUACUUCACUAUAACAAAGGCACGAUCUUCCUUCGUACUUCCUAGUGUUACUGAAUGUGGCCACUUUGACAUUUUAUAACGUGUGUCUAUAUUUAAGAUGACGCCUACCUUUUUAGAUAAGAUUAUAUUGGAGAGAUGACUUUUAUACGAAUGUUAAGUGACUGUUAAAACUAAUUUACAAUAAGGACUUCCGAUUUAACCAUAUCAUUUUAUUAAUAUUUGUUCUAUUAUUUUAAUGGCAUUACUGUACACAUUAAUUUGAGCUCAACCUCAAGAACUUAAUGAAUGUGAAUAUUGAAUAUUUUGUCUCUUCAUCUACAUAAAGAAAAAAUAUCAGGUAUUCAUUAAAACUUGAGCUUCUUUAAUGUCAUUAAAGAUGAUGCCUAAACAUCAACUAUGAAAUUUCCGUUCCAUUUUAGGAAAGUUUAAUAAUUUUUGGCUAAUAUAGAUUUUAAGAAAACGAAAAGCACAAUUAUUAUUAUUACUUAACGAACGAAAAAUAUUUUAACUAUUAAUAUAUUGUUAAUAAUUUUAUUAUAUUUGUUUAACAUAGGACAAUUAGUUUCCUCUUGUGUUAUAAAUUAUGUUUAUCUCUUUGGCAUCUAUAUUAUGAAGUAACUUUCGCAUUUAUUUGUAUAUUUUACUGUGUUUAUAAUGUUUUAGAUGUUAAAUCCAAAUAAACAUUCUGCAUAGUGA